AUGUCUUCGCUGAAAGAGCGUGAGUUCGUUUUGUUUAUAUUGAACUUCAUCAAUCCACCUGAAAAGGUCGAUUGCAAAGUUUCCAACCCGGGUGUUCUUGUCACGGGCAAUGAAAUUAAAACAACGGUUCAUCGCGAGUUCCACACGGCGACAAUUCAAGACAAAGUCAAGGCGUUUGCCGUCAAGAUCACUAAUCCGGGCCGUUCUGCGUUAUGUAAUGCGAUGUACGUUGGCAUGACAUUUGCUACCACCGUCAUGCCGACUGGUCAGCAGUGGGUCAAGAGUGGGUAUUUCAUGUCGAUGUACAACGGCAAUCUGUACUCCGAGAAGGUGACACCCAACUCGAAGAGUCAUGUCUAUUAUAACAAGCGCCUGUCCAACGAUGAUUCCAUUGUCUGUUGGUUCAACAAAGAUACGAAAGAGAUUGGGUUCAUUGUAAAUGGUAUUCAGCUCGGAGCUGCUUUUACUGGUGUGACACAAACAGAUCUUCUUCCCAUGCUUGUCAUGUACGAAGCAGAUGAGUCUUUCCAAGUAUCUGCACUCUUUAAAUGUGAUUGA